AUGAAUGCAGAUAAGAAGAAUAGUAUGAAAAAAAAGAAUAAAUCAAAGAUAAAGAUUAAAAAAGGGAUGUUACCUAAAGAUCUUGAUCUAGCACUUGACCAACUCAAGAUUUGGACUCGUGGUGAUGGGACUAAGGAUACAUUUGAGAAGGUAUUUACAUUAGCUGAGCUUAAAGCUCUCAUUCAAGCAUUUCAAACUGAAUCUAUAGAGUUAAAGGGAAGAAAAAAAUCAGUAUUUGUAGAUUUAUUAUUUACUCAUUUACAAAAUUCUUCAAAGUUCAAUGAAGAAACAAGGAAAAAAGGAAAGCUUUUCAUUUAG